GGGGUGGUCGUUAUUGCAGUGACACCGUGCACAUCGCAGGGACCUAUUUUGUUGCUUAGCUUGCUAGUGACUUUAAGUCACCCACAUCACUGCUGGCAUGUUCAGCUCCUCGUGCUUCACUACAUGUUAGAUCAAAGAUUGCUAAUCGAGGUCGAAGCUUUGCAUAGCCUCAGGGAAACCGAAGACAAAAGACCGUGUGAUGGCUGAAGUGCGACAACAAUCGACGUGAUGAAGUUUGAAGACUUGCUGUUUUUUGCUGCAUCGUUUCUAAAGGACUUCCAUGGGAUACGAUGUAGGCUAAAAGUGCUAUUUGGUAUGAGAGGGUUCACUUUGGAGGAAAAAGUUCAUCAUCCACAGAUGCUGCUUCGUCAUAGUUGAUGUCAGACCAUGGAUCGUGAUGAGGUGAGAACAGUGCUGGACCAGAUUUCCACGCGGCUCCAGGAGGAUGGCUUGCCUCCAGAUGCCAGUGUGGAAGAGCAGCAGCGCCACCUGUGGCAGCAGCUGCUUGCCAGGGAGGCAAAGCUUCAGUCUGCCACCCAAGAGGUGCAGACCCUGCGCACCCAGCAGGCCAGCGAAAUGAAGGAGGUGGAAAGCUAUGUUGCGCAUAUUCGAGGGCUGCUGGACCAGCGAGACUGUGCGACUUCAGACUACGAGAGAGACCGUGAAACCUUGCGACAAGAGCUUCUCCAGAUCAGACAACAUCAAGAGAAUCAGAGCAAGGAGCUGGCGGAGAUGUUGGCUCAGGAGGACCUCGGGGAGAUCGCUUCGUACAGCCCUAGUGAGCAGGUGGCGUACUUGCUGGUGGAGAGGGCCACACUUCUGGAGAGGCUCGAUGCUGCUGAGAGGAUACUGGAAACUCCGAGUCUCACCCUCAACUUUGGGGAAGUCCACAACCAGCUGGCUCUUGGACAGGAGCACAUUGGCCACACGAUGGGGGAAGAGCCAAGUCAGCAGAGGGAGGAUAUGCAGAAAACCUUAGACACCCUGACGAAGCAGUGUUCAUCCCAGAGUCCGUGGAAGAAGCUCUUUGGGUUACGCAGGUCUGGUCAGAGCAAACACAAUAUUACCCCUGCCCAAGGUGAGCAAAUAUCCCAGGAGCGGAGGGAGCGCCAGAGGCUGGAGCGGGACCUUGACGAGGCGUCGAGGAGGCUGGCGAUGGCUCAUCAGGAUAUUCGCAGACUCACCAACGAGCUGGACGCUGCCAAAUUCAACCAUCUCGACCAAAGUGGAUCUGAGCUUCAAGGAACAGUCCGCGAGGUAGAGAACUUGAGGAAGGAAGUGGACAAACUGAAACACUGUGACAAGAUGAAGCUGCAGCAAGCCAAAGAGCAAAAUAACUCUCUAGACGGUGAGAACAGAGCCCUGAGGGAGCGAAUCCACACUCUGGAGUCCGAAAAGUCAAAACUCCUGGACCCGUUGGAGAUAAAUGACGCAGACCACGAUGUGCUGACCAAAGAGGAUGAAAAGGACAAAUGCUUUAGCAGUGGACAACAAAACAAUUUGUCUGGCCCUUCCAUGGAAGACACGGAUCACAUUCAUAAACGGUGUCGUGAGGCGGCAGAAGACGGACUCGUACAGAUGAGGGAGCUGCAGCGGCAACUCGGCAGGCUACGCAAGGAACUGGAUGAUCUGGAGGAGAGGAAUGAGGAGCUGGAGGCUCUGCUGGGGGAGGCCCAGAAUGCCAGCAAGGCGGAGAGACAUCGCCACGAGGGAGAACUAGAGGGACUACGUAGGAGGAUCAAUGUUCUGGAGGCUGAGUUGAAGCAGCAGGAGGUCCAUCCAAGAAUGUUAAAGAACGGCGAGGAGCUCAAACCCACAGAGUCGCAGCUACAGCUGCACCUUCGAGACAGCCGGCAGGAGAGAUUGGCCCUGCUAGAGGCUCGUCUGACUGAGGAGAAAGACUGGAGGAAACAGCUGGAGGUGGACCUCGGCGCUGCCCAGGCCGCCCUCAAAAAGGACAAGGAGGCUUUGCAGAUAGGCGAGCGGGAGCUGAAGAAGCUGAGACUUGAGGUCAACAGCAUUCAGACAGAAUGCCAACAAGGGAAAACACUCAUCAAGAGCCUAACCCAAGUCAAAGGGGAAAAAGCAAUUCUGGAGGAAAAGGUGGCCCAGAUGGAGCGUUCCCAUACCCGACUCGAGAACGAGUUGAAACGCUACAAAGAGAGCGACCGAACGUGGGAGGAGCAGCGGGAAAAGUGGCUGCAGGUUGACCAGCUGCAGGAGCAGGCUGCCCGGCUAACCGCUGAGCUCGGCGGCCUCCGGACGACACACGAUGCCUUGAGGGAUGAGAUGGUAUCCGAGCGGCUGCGGGCCGCCGAGCUGCAGGCCGAGCUGAGCUCUAGUGUGCAGGAGAAGCUGACGGCGGAGGGGCAAAGAGAGAGACUGGAGCUUGAGAUACAGCACCUCAAAGAGCAGCUCAAGUGGCAUCAAGAGCAACUCUCCUCAACAAAGGGGGCACUUACCAGCAGCCAGAAGCCUGAACAGCCCGCGGCUCAUAUGGAAUCUAGGCUUAGUUUAAUGGAAAGGACCAAGGAGGAGUUGCUGGAUAAGCUUUCCUGUGUGAAGCAGGAGCGUAAUCAUCUGCAGACCAAGCUGGGGGAGGAGCGGCAGCUGGCCUUUCAGCACCAAAUGGCACUGCAGGCUCAGGUCACUGAAGCCCAGGCCCACAUCAAGUCCCAGGACUCGGUGCUGAGCCAGAAGGCAGAGGAGGCUAAGCAGAUGAAGCAGGACCUGCAGAGGGCCCAGAGCCUGUUCACCUCCGCAGAGAGAGAGCUGCGCUACGAGAAGGAGAAAAACAUGGACCAGAAGAGACACAACGCCCUGCUGGACCAGGAAAAACUCAAACUCUGUGCAGACCUGAAGCAGGUCCAGACCAAGCUGGCGCAGGUGGAGCAGAGCCUCCACACUGAGGCUGCAGAGUGUGAACGUCGGCAGCAGAAGAUCAGGGAACUGGAGUUGGAACUGGCGCGCACCUCUACACACCGCACCACCACUAACACCCUGCAGGAGGACCUGCAGGCCGAGAGGGCGCAGCUCAUCGCGGCUGACAAGAAGGUGUUGGAUCUGCAGCUGCAGCUUAAGAGUGCCCAGCACCAGCUGCGCAUGGAGGAAGCCCGGGCCGGGGAGAGCAGCCGUCUGGAGAGGGACAGCAGGGAUCUGUCUGACUCCUUGUCGGCUCUGAGAGCCCAGCAGCAGGAGCAGCACAUCACAAGGAAGCUGCUGGAGCAGCGUGAGGAGGAGCUGCAGAAGCAGGUGCGCACCAUGAGGCUCAAAGAGGCCUCCAUGACGAGGACUAAUGCAGAGCUCAGUCACCGUGCCCAGCAGCUGGACACCCGCCUGCCCAUCCUGGAGGCUGAGCUCAGCAAGGCCAGAGAGGAGGCAAGAGAGAGCCAGAAGUUGAGCCACAGACUGCAGGAGGACUUGGUGGCCAGUCAGCUGGAAUGUGACCGAUUUCAGGGGGAACUCCAGCUCGUCCUCUUCCAGCUGGACGCACACGUCGGAAAGUACAACGAAAAGCAGAGUCAGCAUAAGAUCAGGCUGCGUCGGGCCAAGCAGGUCUACCUCAGGGAGACUGCCCAGAGGGAUCACAUAAUCCAGCGUCUGGAAAACGACCUGGUGAUGGCCUCCAACCUCUCACAAAAGGAGAAGGAAACGAUCCAUACAGUGACGGAGGAAAAUGAGAAGCUUUUGGAGGAGAAAAGGGAACUGUUGCAAAAAAUAAGCGAGGCAGAGGAAAUGGGCAGCAAAGGCAUGAGGACCGCCUCCACUGUCCAACACAGGGUCAACGUCUUGGAAGUGGAAAACCGGCAACUUCAGGAUCAAAUCCUGAAGCUCUCCAACCAAGUCAGUUCCUUGGAACGUGCCCUGAGGAACGUGCAAUCAUUCCACAGCCUGCAGAAUGCCAAUAAAGUGCUCCUGUCUGAAAGUCUCUGUGAUGGCUUCCUGCAUUCAUCCACGCUGAGUCUGGCGUCCGGUUCGUGUGAUCCACUCAACAUCCUUGACGCAAUCUGCCGCGAGAAGAUGUCGGAGCGUGCGGUGGCGGACGGCAACCAAGCGUCCGUCUCCGCACACCAGCCGUCGGAGCAGGGCUACCUGAAUCUCACCUCGCCGUCACUUCUCCCGGGCGCCAAGGGCUCAAAAGGGAGCUCCUUUAACAGUGACCAGGUAUGAGAGGCGGCGGUCUGUAUCGGGAGUUUUCAACAGCAAGCUGCCUGCGAGGAUGCGUCAAUGUCUUGGGUUGUACCAAGGCAUCCGCCACUGAGGCGAAAGUCAGAAUAAAGGGGUGAAAGUAUCUCGAAUGGUAAAUAAUCCUUGUUUUAAGGCCGUAAUAAUGAAACCGAAGCUUCCAAUGGAGUUCUGCUCAGGGAAGAUCAUCUUUUUGACUUUUUCCGUCCAGAUUCCAGGAUUUCUUGGACUGUCAAUUAUUAUGAAAAGGAAGGUGAGAUUUGAAAUGAAAGCUAAAUACGUGGCACAUCCUUGUUUGUGUGCACGUUGUUUGCAUCGUUAAAAGACAAUCCGAAUGCUUGAAAGCCUUGUUUUGGCUUACGAGAAAGCUUUUUUUCAAUGUAAUGGUACAAGAUAAGGCAAUGUACUUCACACUAGCACAGUGAAUUUCAAAAAGAAAUUUCAUGAAGGUUAGAGUGAGACUAGCUUAAACCGAGCACUUUGUAAGAAGUUUUGGGGAAAAUCCAUUGUACGUAUUUUCCUCUGAAUUGAAUCCUGCAGUAUUUUCAGUAGGGAAAAAAUGCCUUUGUGUGGUUUUAAUGUGUCAAAGAUCUUAGCGCCUUUUUAACUCUUCCAAUACGGUACAUGACAUUGAUAUUGGGGACCCACUUGCCGAUUGGACGUGAUGUGUAGCCACUCCAGUAUUUAAUAUUUGUUUACAUUUUUAAAAUAGCCUUAAUGUCAGGAAAAGGAAAAAAAGGUCAACCAUUUCAUUUAGAAAGCACUUGUACCGUUUUACAAAGGGAUCUAUGUGGCAUAAAAAUAGUAUUGUACAGUGUUGAAAGCGUUAUCUAUUUUGUCUACGAUGUGCCUGAAGUGACGAAGUGUUCAACUUUAUCUACUGCUGCCUGAACACGUCAAAAAGCCUAAACGACAAUCAUCUUUGUCUGGUUGCAUCCCUGUAAACACACUUUUAAAUAAAAGUAUUUUCAUAAAUGA